AUGUCGUCCUCCGGAGCUCCUGCCCCCGCCCCCUCCGCCGAUGAGCUCCCGCUCGGCCCCGUGUCUCGGCACAUCACCACCCAUGAUGCCAACGGCCGCGCUGUCUUCUCCGACGCCUUCCCGGUGGAGGUGACGCCGGACCCGUUCCCCAACAUGUUCUUCCACACCUGCUUCACGACCUCGGAAGCCCCGAUCAACAUGGACGGCGAGAAGGACCUGGGCGCCUACGCCAAGAACCACCCUCGCAUGCCCACUCUCCACCUGCCGUCCGGUUCCGUGUUGCGCGUGGUCGAUUUCGGCCCGCACACGGAGCCCAUGAUGCACCGCACCGAGUCGCUGGACUACGGCAUCGUUCUCAAGGGCGAGGUCGAGUGCUACCUCGACGACGGGGCGAAGCGCACCCUCAAGGCGGGCGACAUCAUGAUCCAGCGCGGGACGAUGCACGGGUGGAAGAACGCGACGGACGAGUGGGCUAGGGUGGUCUUUUGCCUGCAGCCGGCGGACCCCGUCAACGUCAACGGGCAGCUGAUGGAGGACGAUAUCCCCUUCAUGAAGGUCUCGGCCGAGAGGCAAGCGGACUAUGACCAGUUCGUGGCGGAGCAGGCUGCGGCGAAGAAGGCCAAGCAACAGUGA